UCUUUCAUGCUGAACCAGAAGCACACACACACUUUACCUCUUCCUCCCUCUCUCUAUCUGAGUGUUUGUGUACCUUUUGCUCUGGUGCUUUUUCCCACUACUCCUCCCUGUGUGUGUGUGUGUGUGUGUGUGUGGAGAGGACCUGUGUGUUUCACUGGAAUCCUGUCUUUCUCUGGCUGGCCUGCCACGUCAAAUGACAGUCUGGAGCCCCGUGUCCUCAGGGAGCUGUGUGGCCGACCAGCCUGUCUCUAGUCUGGGGGUCUGUACAGGAACAGGACUGGCUCUUUCUGAGGUCUGAGGAGGACAACACUGAUCUCACCUGAACUGGAGUAGCCCAUUGAGGAGAUACUACUGCUCUGAAGGAAUCUUAUGGGAUACCCUGCUUCUUGAAUCCUGUGGAAUCCUCCCAGUGCUUUUUUUUUAGUCUGUUUUAUUUUGAUUUACUGUGAACCGUUGGUUGGUUGGUUUGGCUUGGAUAUGAAUGGUUUUCUGUACAGGGGGGGCAGGCACUAUGCUGGUGAUCGGCAGCCCCGGACCAAGAGUAUAGGACACAUGACUGAUUUCUUGUGUAAUGAGACAGAGAACGGCCCUCCUCCUCCUCUCCAGACCCACAGCCUCAGAGAGUUUGAACAGCACCUGAAAGACCUGAAGAAGGAGAACUUCAGCCUGAAGCUGCGGAUCUACUUCCUUGAGGAGAGGAUCCAGCAAAAAUAUGAGGACAGCAGUAACGAUGUCCACAAGAGGAACAUUGAAUUGAAGGUAGAGGUGGAGAGCUUGAAGCAGGAGCUCCAGGAGAAACACGAGAUUCUGGACAAGGCCCCGACGGCGGCGGCGAGCCUGACCAAUCAGAAUGAGGAGGAGCUGCAGCGUCACUGUGAGGAGCGGCAGCAGGAGAUCAGCCACAUUCAGGAGAUCCUCGAGACCAAGGUCGAGCUGCUGCAGGAGGAGGCCCAGUUAGCGCGGGGCGAGGCUGAGAAGAUGGCCUCUCUGGCAGAGGCUGAGUCCCAGUGCUGCCUGGCCCUGGAGAGAGAGAUGAUGAUGAAGAUGGAGGAGGAAGAGGAGAAGUGUGAGGGCGGGUCACUGGGAUCCAGGCUGCAGCAGGGGGCCCUGGCAGAGAAGGACAGAGUAAUAGAGGACCUGACUGAGGAGAGGAGGUUGCUGAGCCACCGGGUCGGAGAGCUGGAGGUCAGAGUUCACGACCUCAUGACUUCCCUCCAGAAGAAAGACAGGGAUGCAGAGUUGCUGCGGGGUGAGAUGGGUCGAGAGAAGAGUUGUAUCCAGCCAGAGAUGCAGAGGCUGCUAGAUGAACAGCAAGGCCAGCUUCGUCAGUAUGAGACUGCUGCAAGUCAGUGUGUUACUGAGCUCCAGAAGGCCCAGCUCCAGGUCCACUCUCUACAGGCCAAGAUCAGAGAGAGCGAGGCCAGGAACCAGAAGCUGCAGGUGCGACUCGGGGACAUGGAGUGCGAGCUGCGCCUGGUUAGAGAGAAGGCCCAGAGACAGGAACGAAACGUCCUCAACCUCACCGACACUGUCAACAGCAAGGAGACUGAGGCAGCAGAGUUGUACCGGGUCAUAGAGGAGCAGAAUAACGUGCUGUGUUCUUUGAAAGAGCUGGCCAACAGAACCCAGCUCCAGACACUCCAGGUGUCUGGGGCGGAGUUAGUGCGAGGGCAGGGGGAGGUGCUGGCCCUCCAGGGCUCUCUGUUCCAGGCCCAGCUGGAGCUGCAGGAAGGCCAGAGAGCCCAGCGGCAGGCCACCAGGAGGGAGGAGGACCUCACCAGAGCCCUGCACCGCCUGGAGAAAGACCUACAGGGAGUCAUGGAGCACAGACACAGUACUGAGAGACACAACCAGGACUUGCAUCUGGUGCUUGAGAAAGCUCGGUCAGAGCUGCAGCGGAAAGAGGAACAGCUGAAAGAGAAGAAGGGAGAGAGACAGAGAGAGGAGGAGGAGAGGGAGAAGAGCAUCCGAGAGCUGAGGACCUCACUACAGACCAAAGAGCAGCUGGUGCAGGAGUACUCCGAGUUGUUGGACCAACAGCAGGAGCCCAGCGAGAAGAGGGACACUCUCCUCACCAAACUUAAAGACCGUAUCAAGGACAGAGACAGAGCACUGGAGCGAGCGGUGGAUGAGAAGUUCCGACGUGUGGAGGAGAAGGAGGGAGAGGUGCGUCGGCUACAGCUUCUUCUCAGAGAGAAAGAGAGAGACCUGGAGAGACAACACUGUGUACUGUCCAACAACGAAGAGACCAUCACGAGCCUGGAAGUGCUGGUGCGUGGGAAGGGUUUGGAGCUGGAGCAGGUGUGUGAGGCAUGGAGGAGUGUACAGUGCCACCAUGAGGACAGGGAGGAGAGACACAGCCGCAGCCUGAGAGAGAGAGACACGCUCAUCAGCCAGCUACAGAACGCCCUGCACACACGUACCAAUGAGGCUGAGGACCUGACUGGAGCCCUGCUAGAUAAGGUGAAGGCAGGUCCCAGUGAGGUGGUGGAUGAGCUGAAGGCUCGCCUCGCUCUGAAGGAGAAACUGUUCCAGGAACUGCUGUCCGACCGCUGCCGCCAGGCCCAGGAGCACCACUCACAGGUCCAGGACCUGCUCAACACCAUCGGUACCAGAGACCAGUACAUCCAGGAAUCGGCAGGUCGUCUGAGUGAGGUGAUGAGUGAGCAGACUGUACGUCUCCAGGAGCUCCGCAGACAGCUAACCUCUUGCUCCCUUGCCUACGGGUCCCAGCUAGGCCUCCGGGGUCCAGACUUCCAGGGGACCAGCCAGGACCUCCGGGCCUUGCAGGAGGAACAGCGUCUGGCUCUGCGGAUGGAGAGGGAGACCCAGGCUGAGCUCACAGCCCUCAGGACCCAGGGCACUGCUAGGCCAGUUGACAGGCAGGCCGAGUUUGAGGAAUUCAGCUCGGAGGACAACGAUAAUGUUGAGGUCAACAGUAACUAUGCAGACAGCAAGGAGGAAGAGGAUUCCAAACUGACAGCUCGAACCCUAGCCACCAUGCAGAACUCUGGAGGACCUGGGAAGGGGAAGCUGUCCCAAGAAGCAGUGGGAGACGCCCAGGGGCUGGUGGAGGUGAAGCAGCUAGUGCAACAGAAGAGGGUGGUGGAGAGAGAGCUGCAGGAGCUCAAGGCUCAGCUGGUGAAAUCUGGCUUCUCCCUGACCAGGAUGAGGAAAGCCCUCUUCAGCCUACGCAUGGAGAACACGGAGUUGAAGGCUCACCAGACAGAGAGACGGUCAGAGACGGACCCCAGGGAUGAGCAGGGAUUCCUGGAAGAUGUGGGGGAUGAAGAAAUGCUGGAUGUGGAGGAGGAGGACGAGCAGCUGUGUGGGGUGGAUCUAUCUGGUGGCUGGGAGGAUGAGCGUCUGUCCCAGGGGAAGCGCUGUGCCCCCAGGCCCACCUUGAGAGACCCUGGCCUGGGGAAGAGGCACUGCACUAGGCCUGUCUCUCUGGACCUGGGAGACCUGCUGUCCCACUCCACAAAGGAAGGGGAAGACAUCACACCAAAUUAUACUCUAGUAACGCGUGCUACUGAUGAUGAUGUGGAGGAGGCAGGAGGAGGAGAAGCUGGAGACAGGAAGCAGAGCCCCACAGAAACAGUGAUGGUUGAGAAUGCUGUGCGGCUCCGGCUGAAGAGCAAAGAGCUGCAGGAGAGACUCAUGGUUUCUGAGGCCACCGUGGAGGCUCAGGCGGAGCAGCUCAGAGACGACAGAGAUCUACCGAUGGAGACGUCUGUGCAGCAGGAUAGUAAGCAGGUCCAGGUGGAUCUACAGGACAUGGGCUAUGAGACGUGUGGUCGCAGUGAGAACGAGGCUGAGAGGGAGGAGACCUGCAGCCCAGAGUUUGAUGAUCUGGAGAUGUGUACUUCUCUGGAAUGCGGCGGCUCCCAGUGGUGGUCAGGCGUUGUGCAUCCUGGGAAGGCCGGUCCUCCAACAUCAACCUCCAAGAAUGAUGACUUCACAUCUCUCCAGCGAUUGGUUGAGGACCUGCGUUCGCAACUCUCCCGCUCCCAGACGGUGAUCCGGAGCCUCCAGGGCCGCCUGCGCUCUCUCUCCACAUCCAGUGACCCCUUCGGCCACUCCAACGGCCCCUCCACCCCCCGCAAGGUCAAUUGGGCCAUCCAGUUCCAGUCCUCGCCCUCCCAGAGCGGCCUGGAUGAGGACGGGGGCUGGGAGUCGUCUGGUGGGGGUCUAGGGCCCUCCCCACAUCACCCCAAACCCGACAAGGAUCUCCAGGAGCUGGUGUUUCGCGUGGGAGCCCUGGAGGACCAGCUGAGGAAGGGCAAAGGGACCCAAGCAGGGACUCCAGGGCUCCCUGCAGAGGGAAAGGCUUGCAUCUGGCCUGGGCCUGGGAAGUUUGAUACCCUAAUACAGGCGCAGGCCCGUGAGCUGUCGCACCUGCGCCAGAGGAUGCGAGAGGGGCGUGGCGUGUGUCACAUCCUGACCCAGCACCUGGGCGACACCACCAAGGGCUUUGAGGAGCUGCUGCGUGCCAAUGACAUUGACUACUACAUGGGCCAGAGCUUCAGAGAGCAGCUGGCGCAGAGCAGCGCCCUGGCACAGCGAGUCAGCACCAAGAUCAGCGGACGCGAGUGGAGAGGUGAUCAUCCAGAGAUGCAUGAUGACAAGACUGGCACAGAGCUGCUCGCCAUACGGCUGAGUAAGGAGCUCCAACAAAAGGAUAAGGUCAUUGAGUCUCUCCAAGCCAAACUCAACCAGCGCCAGCCGCGCUCUGACACACCCUGCAGUAGCCAUGCCCUCUCUGACACCACUGACCAAUCAGACCGCAUUUCAUUUGUGUCUGAUGAUCAGGGCUCCACCAAUGAGGACCUGGAGCUGUGCUCAGACAUAGACGCAGCCAGCGAGUAUGGCCAGGAGGACAGACGUGCCUCCCCUAGAGCCAGUACAGAUUCCCACUGUAACAGUGUGCCCAUGUCACGCCACCCCUCCACCCCUCCAUCCAACACUUCAUCCCACAGAAACCAGUCCUCCAUCAGCUGUCUCAGCAUGCAGCCGCCAGGGGACACACAGACCCAGACAGGCCUCUACAGUGGGCCAGUAUCUCGUUCUCUCCUCACCCCUCCCCAGCCCCAGCCUCUCUACCACCCAGACCUCUUGUCACAGAGAGCCCCUCUGCUCUUUGACCCCUACACGGGCACCCUGCGACCCCAUUACCAUGGCAGCGGGCCCGUGGGCUUCUCCCUGGCAGAGGUUCACGGGGAGCUGCAGAUGUUACAGAGACAGCUGGGAGAUACUGAGCGUUUUUCAGUUCCUUCAGCCAAGCCGUUUGUUGGCUUCCAGAUGUCGGCAGAUCCCUCCAGUUACCUGGCCCAGCCUCUGUCCUACCACCCCUUCCACCCGUCUCCUCACAGUGGCCCCAUGAAGGCGGGCACCAGCCUCCUGGAGAGCAGUGCAAUGUGGGAUAUGGCUUACGGUGCUCAGCCAAUUAGAAUUGGCGCUGCUGAUUUGUCAUCAGGGUCGUCAGGAUACCAGUCUGGCACCAGCCAUACAGGUUCUGACCUAUUGAAGGAGCAGCUGAGGGAGAUCAGGAGUCUACGUCAACGCCUGGAGGAUUCCAUCCAGACCAAUGACCGCCUCCGACAGCAGCUGGAGGAGAGACUGGUCAACCAAGCCAGAGACAAGGGUGCCCCCACCAACAUCUACAUCCAGGGCUUGGACUCUGUCAGCCAGCUUUCCAGUGAGAUCAGAGCUCUGAAAGAGGAGAACCUCAGCCUGCAGGACCGACUCCAACAGGCCAGUAGAGACAGCAGUAAGGAGUCGGAACAGCUGCGGGAGGCGUUGCUGUUGGGGCGUGCCCGUGUGAAGGAGGCAGAGUUAGAGACCGAGCGGUGGGUGGAGCCGGGCAGGAAACUGCAGAAGCAGACACAGGCUCAGACUCUGGAGAUCACCCAGCUGAAACAGGACAGGCAGAACAACCAGGAGGCCAUCAAAAGGUUGCAGCACGAGGUGAAUGUCUUUGAGCAGCAGGUGUGUGAGAGCCGUGGCCGUAUCCACUCUCUACAGUAUAAGCUCCAGAUGUACCACAGAGUGUGUGGCGUCCCAAAGAAUACACAUACAGGUGAGGGGUCACACUCAGGGGAGUCUGCGCCCUUUGACACCAGGGACCUGCAUGUUCAGCUGGGGCAGCAGUUGACCUCUGCGACAUGGCAUCCUGGAGCGAAGAAACAGCUCUUCCACGACCCUGCUCUCUCUCCCCCUGUCCGAGAGACUGAACUCUUCAGCCCUGCUUCCCCUCUCUCCCCCACACUGGAUCCCCAGGAGACUGACUCUUCUCUGGAGGGCCGAGCCCCAGACGGCUCUUUUCCAAACCGUAAUGGCCACCACGCUGUAGGGCACGUUGAUGACUUCCAUGCCCUACAGCAGCAGAUGCUGGAGGGACACGUCCUCAUCGGCAAGAUGGAGGCUGCCCUCCAGGCCACUGCCAACCACGCUCUCCUGGAGCUCAGCCUGGAUAAGCCUGCGGAUCCUGGCUUUGCGAGUAGACUGCUGACCAGCACUAAGACCCUGCGGCAGAUCCUUGAGGAAGCCAACUCCUUGCUCAGAAAGUUCUGGAGGGCAGCCCUGCCCAGUUGUGAGGGGUACCCUCAGAGCACCAAGGAGCUGUCUCUAAAGGAUGAGGUCCACAUGCUCCAUCAGCGGAUCUCACAGCAGGAGGAGGCUCUCAGGGAUGCCAUGGAGACCCUGAAGCGCACCAACCGCACCAAAGACAGCAUGGAACACUUCAUCGUCAGCCAACUGUCGACAACAAAGGAUGUCUUGAAGAAGGCACGGACAAAUUUAGAGGUGAAAUCCCAAGAGGCUUCUGUGAGCUCACCCAUUCUGCUGGUUCGGGUGUUGUGAAGCAACAGAUAAAGGCUCCAUCACCCAGAACUCCUACCGUGGCCCAGUAAUACCCAGGAUCUGACCCAGGGGGUUAACAGACUGCACCCCCCACAGCCAGCCUUUUUGUGAUGCACCAGCUUCAGCGUCCUCCUAAUACUGGGAGACAGGACUCUUGCUGUUUUAAAGGAAACAAAGUGCAUAACAGGUCUCUGGUUAAAUAGAGGGGACACUACAGUUGCGGGGAGACAGUCUGAUAGUCAGUAGAGGUUCAACCAGGUGUUCUCUGUCAUGUUUAUGAAUGUCGGCGUCUGUCUAUCUCAGGUGUUAUGUAUAGCCAUUGUAGGUGCUACGAAGGUUUCUCAACUGAAGUGUUUCCCCUAUUUUACCUGAUAUACAGUACUAGUCAAAAGUUUAGACACACCUACUCAUUCAAAGGUUUUCUUUAUUUUUACUAUUUUCUAAUUUUGAGAUAAUAGUGAAGAUAUCAAAACUAUGAAAUAACACAUAUGGAAUCAUGUAGUAACCAAAAAAGUGUUAAACAAAUCAAAAUAGAUUUUAUAUUUGAAAUUCUUCAAAGUAGUCACCUUGCCUUGAUAACAGCUUUGCACACUCUUGGCAUUCUCUCAUCCAGCUUCAUGAGGUAAUCACCUGAAAUGCAUUUCAAUUAACAGGUGUGCCUUGUUAAAAGGUCAUUUGUGGAAUGUCUUUCCUUAAUGCGCUUGAGCCAAUCAAUUGUGUUGUGACAAGGUAGGGGUGGUAUACAGAAGAUAGCCCUAUUUGGUAAAAUACCAAGUCCAUAUUUUGGCAAGAACAGCUCAAAUAAGCAAAGAGAAAUGACAGUCCAUCAUUACUUUAAGUCAUGAAGGUCAGUCAAUCUGUAAAAUGUUAAGAACUUUGAACAUUUCUUCAAGUGCAGUCACAAAAACCAUCAAGCGCUAUGAUAAAACUGGCUCUCAUGAGGACCGCCACAGGAAAGGAAGACCCAAAGUUACCUCUGCUGCAGAGGAUAAGUUCAUUAGAUUUACCAGCCUCAGACAUUGCAUCCAAUUAAGCCUUCAUGGGAGAAUUGCUGCAAAGAAACCACUACUAAAGGACAUCAAUAAGAAGUAACACGAGCAAUGGACAUUAGAGUGGUGGAAUAUAUAUAUAGAUAUAUAGAUAUAGAUAGAGUACCAGUCAAAAGUUUGUACACGCAACUCAUUCAAGGGUUUUUCUUUAUUUUUACUAUUUUCUACAUUGUAGAAUAAUAGUGAAGACAUGAAACCUAUGAAAUAACACAUAUGGAAUCAUGUAGUAACCAAAAAUUUGUUAAUUUUAAUUUGAUUGAUUUUAUAUUUUAUAUUAUUCAAAGUAGCCACCCUUUGCCUUGAUGACAGCUUUGUACACUCUUGGUAUUCUCUCAACCAGCAUCACCUGGAAUGCUUUUCCAACAGUCUUGAAGGAGUUCCCACAUAUUUGACCCAAUUCAGGAAACUAGGCUUAUGUUGCAAGUCAUGACUUCACAGGAGAGCCGUUUAAAAAAAAAAAAAAAAAAAAUCAAAAUGGGAUUUUUGACAGAAAUGCUUUCUCGAACAUGUGAACUUUCAUGUGCCUUAGUAACCAACUUCUAUGUCAUCUGUAAAUACAAAUAAAAUUGUUAAAUUAA